UUCUGUAUCCUUUCUGUUUCUGUCGAUUUCGAUGAAUUUGCUGCUUUUAAUUGUAAUGUUUUGAUCGAAAGGUACUAAAUAUGGAGGUUUUUAAUAAGCUCUAUUCGUCUGUGAGUAAUACAGUAUCUCAAUUGUCUGGUGUGCUGCCUGGAAAUCCUGUUACUCGAGAGUUUGAGGCGACACAAUACAUAGCCAGUGCAGGCCCAGGCUUACUCUGGAAAGUGUACAAGGGCUACAAAAAGUCCACUAAACAGGAGGCAUCCAUAUUCGUAUUCGAAAAGAAACAAUUGGAAAGAUGGUCGAAAGCAGACAAAGACAUCAUGCUGGACAUAUUAAAACGGGGCGUGGUGCAACUCACGAAGCUGAAGCAUCCUCAAAUACUAACCGUGCAGCACAGUUUGGAAGAAAGUCGGGAGAGCUUGGCGUUCGCCACUGAACCUGUGUUUGCUAGUCUCGCAAACAUACUUGGAAACACAGAAAACAUGCCUCAACCCACACCCAAAAAUUUAGUAAACUACAAACUGUACGAAGUGGAAAUCAAAUAUGGCUUAAUGCAGAUAGCGGAGGGCCUAGCUUUCCUACACAACAGCGUUAAACUUUUGCAUCAUAAUGUCUGUCCUGAGUCUAUAGUUGUCAACCAGCAGGGGGCAUGGAAGAUAUUCGGUUUUGAUUUUUGUAUAAUGAAUCAAAACACUAAUGACUCAUCACCUUUUUGGCCGUUCACUGAGUAUUGUCAGGCGAUGCACUAUUUGACACAACCUGCUCUUGAUUAUCUGGCUCCUGAGUAUGUGCUGUCAGCUUCACAUUCACCGGCCAGUGAUAUUUACUCCCUGGGUAUGAUAAUUUAUACAUUACACAGCACAGGGCAUCAAACUUUGGGUAACAUUGGUAAUGAUUAUACAAAAUUCAAAAGGUUUGCAAAUGAAAUGAGGAGCCUAGCUCCAUCGAGACUGCUAUGUGUGACUGAUGGCCUCAGAGAGUAUGUGAAAUUGAUGCUUAAUGCCACACCUGAGCUGCGCCCUGAUCCUCAUCAAUUUCUAAAGAUACCAUAUUUUGAAGAUGUUGGUGUGAAAACUCUGAAUUACCUCGACUCUCUAUUUCACUGGGAUAACCUACAGAAGUCACAAUUUUACAAAGGCCUGCCCCAGAUCAUACAAACAAUGCCACACAGAAUAUGUAUUUAUCGUAUUUUACCAUGUCUCAUGAAAGACUUUGUAAACCCGCCCAUGGUUCCUUUUGUUUUACCGAAUGUUUUACUCAUUGCUGAAAAUUCAACAAAAGAGGAGUACGUGAAGUAUAUCCUACCAGUGCUAAAACCAGUAAUGCUCAUACAGGAACCAAUACAAAUACUCCUAAUAUUCAUGCAGAAAAUGGAACUAUUACUUAAACUGACUCCAGCCGAUGAAGUCAAAAGUGAUAUUUUACCGAUGUUGUACCGAGCUUUGGAGUCAGAUGCUCAGCAAAUACAGGAGCUAUGUUUAUCAGUGCUGCCGACGUUCGCAUCACUAAUAGAUUAUCCGGCCAUGAAAAAUGCGCUAUUGCCGCGUAUAAAGAAGCUAUGUAUUAACACUAAUUUCAUUUCGGUAAGAGUGAAUUGCUUGCUGUGUUUGGGCAAGCUGUUGGAACAUUUAGAUAAAUGGUUGGUGUUGGAUGAGGUUAUACCAUUUUUGCCGCAGAUACCAUCUAGGGAACCAGCUGUGCUUAUGGGAAUCCUAGGAAUAUACAAGUUGGCAAUGAGUCACAAGAAACUUGGCAUCACUAAGGAAGUUAUGGCUACAAAAGUUCUGCCAUUUUUAAUUCCGCUGUGUGUUGAGAACGGCCUCACGUUAAACCAGUUCAAUGCACUGAUAACCCUGGUGAAGCAAAUGAUAUCGAAAGUGGAGAACGAACACAGGUCCAAGCUGGAGCAACUCAACUCAAUACAGAAUGAAUCUAAAAUGAUGGAGAACUCGUUUUCGACGUCAAUAUCUGCAGCUACAUCACCUGUUGACAAACCUGUGAAAACUGAUAUCGAUCACUUACAAGACCUAUCAUUUCCACCAGAAAAACUUCAACCGUCCAUACCGAAUAUAGGCGAAAGUUCCCUCAGUAUUGAAGACAAACAAAGGAUAGCGCAGCAACAGGAAACAGCGAAGAAGAUGUCCCGACAGUCUGGUUCUGUGUUGGCGCCCGUACUGUCCCCGCCGCCACAAGCUCCAAAACCUGUAGACCUCACCAGCUCGCUGCUACAGUCAAAUCUAACCCAGCUAUCACUUAAACCAACCCAAAAUAUACCACCGAACACCGGUCAAAACCUAAGUAUGAAUAACCCGUUAAACACAGGCCAGAACUUAGGUUUCAUGAGUCCAAAUACUGGUCAAGGCUUCACAAAUAAUACGGGUAUAAACAAUAGUUUUGGCAGUCCAAUGGCCUUACCUCCUAGUAUGGGAUGGAAGAGUUCUACUAAUAGCUAUGCGAGUUCAAACUUUUCGAGUCCGAAUUUCGGGAAUGCAGGUAGUUUUAACGGCCAAAACGUGAGUACGAGCAGUUACAUCAGUCCAACCAGUAGUCUUAACAAUACGACUGGCAAUUUUAAUAACAAGUGGGCGAAUAAUCAGAACAAACAAACGAAUGUUAAGCAGGAUUGGUCAGCUUUUGAAUCUCUUUUACCUACUUCGAAUAACAAUAGUAAUGAUAAUAGCAAAAAGAAUGAUAAUACCAAUGAGAGUGUUGAUUUGUUGAGUUAAAAUAAUAUCAGACUUUUAUUUGCCUUGUUUUGAAUAUGACGCAAACAAAGAAAGGAUAUUAUUUCUAUGCUAUCAAAAUUUCGAAAUCGUAUUUACAGGGUUUUUCUUCAUCUUUAAAUUGCUCGAAACUUCAUUUUAAUACACUACCGUGCGGUUGAUUCUUUGUUAAUGUUUAUUUUUUAAUUUUAAAAUGCAUACAUUCCAUAAUAUAGUACUGACUAAACUA